AGAGGCGUUUGAAAAUAAAUGUUAGAAGAAUUGCAAACAGAAAUGCAUUGCUAACGUAAUGCUAGCCUCCUUGUAUAUGUGAAGUUGACGUUUAAUUGACAUAUUAUCCUCCAACACCACCGACCUGUUAGAGGAUCACGGGCAACAAUAGUCAUUAGCCUAUUGUUGACUAUUUAAAGUAUGGGAGGUGACCACGGCCACAGCAAGCUGUCCAUGCCAGAUUGGCGACAGUGGAAGACGGAGGGAACGCCGCUGGAGUUCACACAGCAGAGGCUGGCUGCCCGGGGUCUCAAAGAUCCAUGGGCACGCAACGAGGCGUGGAGGUAUUCAGGCGGCUUCGCUCGUGCUGUGACUCUGUCGGAAGUUCUGCUGAGAGGAUUCAAGUGGGGCUUUGCUGCCUUUACUGUAGCUCUGGCUGUAGAGUACACCAUGUUCCCUCCAAAGAAGGGUGGCCACUAAUGUUCAUCAUUGCCCCUCAACCCUAGAGCAUAUGUAAUGGAAUCUAAUUAUAUUCUGUGUUUUCUCUUGAUUAAAUAUCUUUGUGAUCGCA